CUUUUGAUUCCCAAACAUCUGUUCCUCUUUAAACGCCUGUUCGCAGCAAGAUUGAAUUCGCUCUAAGAAAGAAUAAAUGGAUUUAAGCACAGGCCUAAGGCAAUGGUCGGGACCAUGACAGAAACUCAUGCAAAGAGCACUUCGGAUGUGGAGCAGUCAAGGUCGAAGGCGGAAACUCAAUCCCGGAUAGCAUCGGCAACUGCAACUGCAACUGCAAGUGCUCCGUCUCCUAGCAAGGUAAAAGUAAAAAGCGAAAAGGUUGAUGCUGAGGUGGAAGCCAAGUUGAAAGCUUUAAGGGCAAGAGAACGUGCCUCACGAAGCAAAAGCAAUGAGAAUGAAGCGGCCGCCGAUUCAGAGGGUGACCCUGGAGAGGAUAAAAAGGAUAUUGCCCCCGUGAAAUCUUCAAAUGAGAUACUUGCCGAGUUGUUUGGCGUGUUUAAUGCAGCACCGCCUGAGGAGUUGCUGGAUGACAAGAAUCUUCUUAAGAAACACAAAAAGGAAAAAAAGGAAAAGAAAAAAAGGGAUAAGGAGAAGUCAAAGGCGAAGAAGUUGGCCAGGCUAACGGAUGGCGAAUGUUCCGAAGCCGAAACUGAGGGUAAAAAACACAAGCACAAACGAAAAAAACAUAAACACAAGGACACCAAGGAUAAAGAUAAGCUAAAGGAUGGUGAAAGAACCAAGGAGAAACAUCUAAAGGAGGUGCUGAAAGAGUCUCUGCCAGUGAUAGUCAAGGAAAAAGAGAAGGAGAAGGAAAAAGAGAAAUCCCAGAGUAGAAAACGUCAUACGGAGAUGGGCAAUGCCUCUGCCCAUGUGCCUGUAGUUAAACGCGAACGUUUGGAUAAGGAACGGGAAAGAGAGCGAGAAAGGGAUCGUAGUCACAAUAGCUUUUACAAUGGACAACGUGAAACGGUUCGAUCCCGCGAAGCCUCUAAAUCCAAAAAUCGUCCUGAUCAUGACCAAUCCGAUGUUUCGCUCUCCGACGAAGAAUCGUUUCUACGGGAAAAAGCUUCAAAUGGACACGGACGUGGACGUAGACCAGCACAUAAUAGUUUUUAUGGUGAGCCCAAAGAGAACCAGCGUAGUCAUGCCCAUCCCACAAGCUCUAACCAUAGACGGCGACGCACUCGAUCACGAUCUCGCUCGCGGGAACUCGGUAUUGACAAGAAGCGACUGUUGGAGAUUGCGCGCAAAAACGCCAUUAGCAUGUUCAAGCGGGGCAACAUGCCCGGCGUUGACAACAUGUCACCUGAGGUGAAGGAUAAGGUGCUCCUCAAAAUGCGAUAUGGUGGUCGAACCGUUCAGGACUUAACGGAAUUCUGUAAAAAGAUCUCUAAUGGAGAUAAUUUGUCUGAUCUCAGCUCUGAGGAAGAUUCCGAUGUGGAUAAGAAUGGCAAUGCCAAGGCCUUUCACCAUCCCUUUCAAAUUAAAGAACGGGAGCCAAUCGUAAUGCAUAUCCGUAAUUCUACGCCACUUGUGCCAUCGACUGCUGCACAGCGGGAAGAGCAGACCAAGGCCAUAACCAUGCAGUUCCCCGUCUCUUCAGGUCAAGUGCAUCGUAUGAACGAAGUGUGGGUGCCCGUUGAGACGAAGGACUCAUCGUUGGCGCCAUUACCUGCGCUGCCGCCUGCGAAGCAAGCGACAAACUUGUUUAAGGAUACGCAAAAGAAUGUUUUUGCCAAGUCCAUACCGCAGCAAGAACAGCAAAAACCUGCCUUUAAACCAAUUCAAUCGUCGCAUGAGAUGGGAGAGUCUCUCACAGACGUGCCUAAUGGCUUUGUAGUGCCAUCUAGACCAGCUCCAGACCCGGUUCCCCCGCCUGCACCAGUAAGCAAACCUAUUGCUCCCGUAGUCGUUCAGAAGUUUGUUCCAGAAGUGCCCAUACCAUCGGCUAGAACUAAUGAUAACCCAUGUCCCCCUCCUGCACCGCCUACGCCAAUGCCACUGGCAAUGCCACCGGCAAUGCCACCGCCAACGCCUGCUAGUGUAUCCAUUUUUCCAGUCACCGCUCCGCCCUUAAUGGAUGUGUCUACCAUAAUCACGCAGCGCCUUAGUGCUAUACGCCGACUUCAAGAUAAUCCCGCCGAUUCGGAGGCCAUUAAAAUGAUGUAUAAUGCCCAGCGAGAUAUGUCUUCAUGGGCAUCAUCGAAACAUUUGCCGGGUCAAUUUACUGGUAGCACAGGAGCCCAGGUGAUGAAGGUCCACGAGUUAAACAGUGGACCCCAAUUAUGGGCCAGACGGGAUCAGCUAACUGCCACCAAGCCAGUCACUGGCGGUAUGGGCAUGGCUUUAAUGGCGAAAAUGGGUUGGAAGCCCGGUGAAGGACUCGGCCGUUGUAAAAGCGGAUCACUUCAGCCUCUUCUGCUAGACGUAAAGCUCGAUAAGCGUGGCCUGGUGUCCCGCGAGGAUAUCAAGCAAGCGCCGCCACAGCAGCAGCAGCGUAAGAACAAAGCAAAUCCAAUGGCAGGCUCUGGGAAUCCAGCGGCAUCUACAGGACCCGCUGUUCCCCAGAACAAUCAGGACAAGCAUCCUGUGUGUGUGCUCAACGAGUUGACCUCAAAGAACAAGUGGACGCCGCCUCAGUAUGUUUUGCAGCAAAACACGGGUCCCGCUCAUAUGCGCACGUUCCUCUUCUCUGUGGAGAUCAAUGGACAGAAAUAUACCCCGUCCAAUGGCUGCAAUAGCAAAAAGGAGGCCAAACUAAAUGCGGCCAAAUUAUGUCUGCAAGCUUUGGGUCUCCUGCCACCCAGCUAGUGACCGAGUGUGAAGGCAGUUAAGGUUUAAGUUUAAGAGAAUAAAUAGUUUAAUUUGUAUAUAAAAUAGCAUUAAAUCGAUUUAUUCAGUUUAUUAUAUUACAUCCUCAUUCAGAUAUAUAUGUAUAUUAAUUAGGCAGCUCCAUAAAUGACAGAAAACUCAAUUUUCUCAAAAUGUUCACUCUGGAACUCCCCUGCUCACUGGAAUACAAGCCAAAACAUUAAAAGUUGUAGUUCAUAUUUAUUUACUAUUCA